UCGACAGCGCAGAGACAAUGGCUACAAAGCGCUGUUUAAUCACUUGCAGAUAGAACUUUUAUAGAUUUAAACCUUCGCAGUUAAAGGCUAGCUCUGGUUUUUGAAAAGCUGUGAUUCUCUGAGCGCGUUUGUUCUGGAUGAAUUUAACACUUGAGCGGUAGCGUGCCUUGGUUCCCCGGACGGGUUAGCGCGGUGCCAGGGAUGACCGUGAUCCUGUCCGUGCCAUGCCUCUGGGGCUGCUCUGGAAAUCAUCCCGAUGGACACCGACGUGGACUAGGCAGCCUCUGGAGGGCUGGUUUCAAACAGCGGGUCCUGAAGCUUGUAGCUUCCCUUGGAUUUCCCCUCCCCACCAAAGGAGCUGGUUAGCGUCUAGUUACAAUGCUAAUUAGAAAAAUUAAACAGUAUCGCUCUUUUUGUGGCUCGACUGAGCUGCAGGAGGCGAGCUCAGAGGGGAGGCAAGGUCCCUGCCGUAAAUUCCCGGAUCUCCUUGUCCCAGCUGGCUAUUUGUGAGCAGCCACAGAUAGCAGGAGAUGUUCAGUGGCACAAGUGUGGCACUGUCUCCACUGGAGCAUCCCGCAGUCAGGCUGCUCUGGCAGCCCACCCAGCACUGAGGCUGGGCUCCCAGCUCAAUGCACCCAUUUCAUGCUUGGUUGAGACAGUGGAGUUGUGCCUGUAAAAGUGGAAGGGGCGAGAGCGAUGUGAGGGUGAAUUCCUCCCUGGGAGGUUGGCAGCGAGUGAUUUAUGGCAUUGGUGACCCUGGGCAGGCACCGCUGCCUUGGCCAUAACCUGGUUUCCAUAAAAACAGCGCUUGGGUGUUGGACGCCAUCAGCACCCUUGGCUGUGCCGUGAGGAAGAAGGGGGAAAGACUUUGUGUUUCUGCUCAGCCUACUUUGAAAAUUGCUGAAUCUGAACUAUUUUAGGAAUGGUACUUCGGAUUGCUUCUUGUCAGGAAUGCCUCAUCCUCCUGGCCGUGCUCUCCUGCCUCAUAACCAAAUGCGUACCUGCGGGAGAGCUGCCCAGGUCAGCUUUCUAGUGCCACUGCAACUCUCUGAAGUGCUCAGAGCAAUGUCUAGAAUUGAAAACUUGCUGAUAUUUGAAGCAGAAGAGGGCUUUUUAAAACACGGAGAGAUUUUUUACCUUCUAGUUUGGCCAUUAAGAAUGUGGUGAGAUAUGCAGUCGUGCAUCACGUGUGGGUAUAUCCAGGGUUCUGUGGCUGAGUUUGACCCUGUUGUUGAGCACAGUGGUACUUGUUCCUCACAGGCUUUCUGUGUCAGGUGACAAUGAGCCCUUCUUAAUUUUUUGAGAGCUUUAUAAUAUGUCUGCAAAAUUCCUUGUCACGUUUCCAUGAUGAGGACUGUGGGUGCAUCCCACUCUCCUUGUCUCCGUGCAGCCCUGGACAGAAAUCCUGUUGAUUUCUGUGCUGUGGAGGGUGGGCACCGCAGCGUGUCAUUGCAGCCCUACCAGUGAAAUGACAAAAUAUGCAUGUCCCACUCCUGAGUGGGGACGUGCCAGGAUCUGCUAGCAGCCCCCUGGUACCAGCCACACCUGGCAGGCAGUGGCACAUGUGUGACGUGCCACUGGCGUCAUGGGGCAGCAGGUCACCUCAUGCCCCGGCUGCCCUGGGGAAGAUCAGGAUUUGGUGGUGAGAUGAGAGGGAGUUGGAGCAGUGUGUGGGAUGCUGAUCCCACCGAGAUGACUCUGGGCCCCUUUAUUGAGUUGUGAGAAGUUUGUCAGUGAGGCAGAGCUGUGUAGGAUCGCCCCGCGCGUCUGUGUUGUUGUGGGUGAGCACUUCGGAAACGCGGAGGAAAAGCUCUGAGGUUUCCCCGAUGUUUAUAAAUACAAUCUGGUGCAAACUGUCAAGCAAGCUGUUCAAAAUCACGUCACGCCUGCGCUGCCUUCCCCGCUCGGCUUAAAUGCCUUCGCAGCAGAGCCGGUGUUCAUCUGUCGCUCGGAGCUCCCGGCACGCAGCUCCGGCCCAUCUGCGGGGCUUUCCCAGCACCCCUGCCCUCCUCCUGCGAGCCAGGCUGGGGAUGCGGCGCUCUGGGCAGGCUCGGUGCCGUGGCUCCGUGUGCAGCACCACCCGCUCAUUGGAGCCUGAGCAUCCUUCAGCGCUCUCAGAGCCCAGGCUGCCCCAAAGCAACCCGGCUCACAGACCAGAACUGUGUGCCGGGGCAGAAGGGGUGUCUCCAAGUCCCCUUUGUCCUCCUUAGAAGUUUUUCCUACCUUAGAUGUCCCCUGAAAAUGAAGGGAUAAACCCUUUCCUGAAAGCUCCAUCCAUGCAAUGGCCUUCUGCUCCAUCCCGUGCCAUCAGCAGGGGUGGAUGGAGGCCGUUUGCUGGAUGUUUCACGCUGAAGUGUGCCAGGGUCUUCUGCCUUAAUAUAUAUAAAAAGAUGAGAUGUUUAUUAAACUCAGACCCUGCUUUUUCUUCUGUGAUUUACAUCCCGAGAGGCUGGUGAUAAACAGUUUAUUAAAAAGAAAUCCUGAUUUAUUUCUGCAAAUGGUUACAUUUCAAGCUGGUACCAAAUGGUUUUGUAGGAGACCACCUUUUAUGCUUCCCACGGCAGCUGAAAGGAUUGCUAGAAAAACAAUCCAGAAUCUAAGUAGGUUUGGAUAAAGGCAAGCCAGGAGUGUACGUCAGGGUAUGUGGUGCUUUUAAGCAGCGAGGCGGUGGAUUUUACCACGGAACAUCUGGGCACUGGCUUCAGUUACAGCACAGAUUUUAGUGGGAUAACAAGUCCUGCUUGGCUUCACGUUCAUUUUGAAGUCACUAAACUUUAUACGAAUAAUAAAACUGUAAGCCCAUUACUUCACUGUUUGCAAGGGGCUGUUUCAGUCCCCCCUUCGGGGUCUCGCAUCUUUCUGGGGCUGGUUUUGUUUUGCUGCGCUAAGUGGGUAUUUAUCUUCUCAGUGCCUGGCUCGCUUUCGCUGGAGGCAGCUUUGCUAAUUUGUAGCGAUGGCCACUCCGGGCAGGGCGGGCGGGUUUCCAUUCGCCCCCGCCGAACGCGCACGUUUUCCGCAUUAGGGGCAGCCUCCCGAAAGCUGCGCGUUUCUCCUUCCCGGCGCUCGAAGGGGCUGAGGUUGCUAACCUGGAGGGCGAUAGAGCUGCUCGGGACUACCAGCUCGGCCACUCGUGAGAGUUAAAGCAACUGGGGAGGGUUUGCUUUCUUUUUCUGUUUGGUUAUAAAAUGCAGAGAAGGGUGGACUGGACUGAAGGGAGGGAAGGGCCGCCUCUUUUAUACAAGAAAACAAAUUUGCAAGCCCUUACAGAUUAGUGCACAUAGUGCUGGGAAUGCCCCAGCAUCAGGGAGGAUAACCCCAGCUAGUUUAUAGGAUCAAGGAAUAUGUGUUUGGAAUAUAAGUUCCGUGUGAGAGAGUACUGACAGGCCAUGAGACUGAUGGUUACGUUGAUUGUGGAGCACCUUGUGUGACACGACACCGAGCGUUGGUGAGCUCUUAUUUUGGUGUCACUGACUGUAUGGGCUAUAAACCAGAAGAAGUCAGAAUUUCAUCCAAGGAAGGAGACUAUCCCAGGUAAGACCAGUGAGAAGGGACUGAAGUACUGCUUGAGCUCUGCUAACUCAUGAGGGGAGCAGUGAGUGAGCGAGCAUCGCUUUGGGGAAAAGGCAGAGUGCAGAAACUGUUGUUUCACAUCAUGAUAUGUACUCCUGUGGCAAAAAUCCUCAUUAGAUCAAGCCGGGAUAGUUUCUGCCUGAGAAGAUGACUCAAAUAAGCUUGUGGAUGGAUGGAAAGAGCUUUGAAGGCUGAGGAGAUGUUAUGUUUGAAAACUUUAACAAGACGUCAUUAGGAACGGAAGUAUUUGCCCUUAGAUUGGGAAACAGGUCAGGAUAAUAAAUCAUAACUCCAGGCAAAUGUGCUUAAAGCUGGAAAUAUAUUCAGACGGGAGAGAAAGAGAGCAAAUAUUAGAAAGAAGUUUAUUCUCUCAGAAUUAAUUUUCUCAUUUGCUGCAUGCAAGGACACCCACUGAACAGGAGAAGGAUUAAUGUUAACACAGAGCUGUAACAGGAACCAGCUGAAAAUCUCAUGACUGCGUGGAUGGCUUUGAUUGCUCCGCAGGGAGCACGUCAGUCAUGUGGGACUCGUCAGAAACAGGCAGUGUGUCAUGUCACCUCAUGUGUGAGGUAGCUGAUAGUCCAGCUUCACCAAAAACCUGAUGGGGGCAUUUUACAGGACGGGUUUUAAAUGACACUGGAGUAAUCAGCAGCAGGAGCGGCCUGAGCCAGCCCCACUGCACGACUGCUUCACUAAACAUAAAUGUGCCUGAGUUACCAGAGGGGAGCAGCACUUCCUGCACAGAGCAUCUCGCCGUGGGCUCUGCCCUUGCACCCAGGCAGGAUGCUCCUGCUGCGCUGCCCGCUGCCACUCCUGCUGCUGCUGCUGCUGCCACUCGACUCCAGGCCCCAGAAGCUGCCCACCAGGGAUGAGGAGCUCUUCCAGAUGCAGAUUCGGGACAAGGCAUUCUUCCACGACUCGUCAGUCAUCCCCGACGGAGCUGAAAUCAGCAGCUACCUCUUCCGAGACACCCCCAAAAGGUAUUUCUUCGUGGUUGAAGAGGACAACACUCCCUUAGCAGUGACAGUGACACCGUGCGAUGCCCCUCUGGAGUGGAAACUGAGUGUGCAGGAGCUCCCAGAGGAAGCCAGUGGGGAAGGAUCAGGUGACCCAGAGCCCCUUGAGCAACAGAAACAGCAGAUUACCAACGAGGAAGGCACAGAGCUCUUCUCCUACAAAGGCAACGACGUGGAGUACUUUGUGUCCUCUAGUUCCCCCUCUGGGCUGUACCAGCUGGAUCUGCUGUCGACAGAGAAAGACACCCAUUUUAAAGUGUAUGCGACCACGACUCCGGAGUCGGACCAGCCUUAUCCUGAGUUACCUUACGAUCCCAGAAUCGAUGUCACCUCUCUGGGACGUACAACGGUGACGUUGGCAUGGAAACCGAGCCCCACGGCCUCCUUACUGAGACAGCCCAUCCAGUACUGCAUAGUCAUCAACAAAGAGCACAACUUCAAAAGCCUCUGUGCUGUUGAAGCCAAGCUCAGCUCUGAUGAUGCCUUCAUGAUGGCUCCAAAGCCAGGUCUGGAUUUCAGUCCCUUUGACUUUGCCCAUUUUGGCUUCCCUGCAGACAGCAACUCUGGCAAAGAACGUGGUUUCCUAAAAUCGUCCAAGUUUGGGCGGCAAACGCCCCCAAAGCCGAGAGUUGACCUGCAUAAAGUUUGUAUUGGGAACAAGAACAUCUUCACCGUGUCUGACCUGAAGCCAGACACGCAGUACUACUUUGACAUGUUUGCAGUGAACACCAACACCAACAUGAGCACCGCCUAUGUCGGCACCUUUGCCAGGACCAAGGAGGAGGCGAAGCAGAAAACAGUUGAGCUGAAGGAUGGCAAAGUUACAGAUGUGUUCAUUAAAAGAAAGGGAGCCAAAUUUCUACGUUUUGCCCCUGUUUCAUCUCACCAAAAAGUCACCUUUUCCAUUCAUUCCUGCCUGGAUGCUGUUCAGAUCCAAGUUAGGAGGGAUGGAAAACUCCUCUUGUCUCAAAGCGUGGAGGGCGUGCGGCAGUUCCAGCUCCGGGGGAAAGCAAAAGCUAAAUACCUUAUUAGGCUGAAGGGCAGCAAGAAAGGCGCUUCCAUGCUGAAGAUCCUGGCUACAACCAGGCCUAACAAGCAGUCGUUCCCUUCCCUUCCCGAAGACACGCGGAUCAAAGCCUUUGACAAGCUCCGCACGUGUUCCUCGGUCACCGUGGCAUGGCUGGGCACGCAGGAGAGGAACAAAUUCUGCAUCUACAAGAGGGAAGUGGAUGACAAUUACAACGAAGAGCAGAAGAAAAGAGAGCAGAACCAGUGCUUGGGUCCAGACACGAGGAAGAAGUCGGAAAAGGUUCUGUGUAAAUACUUCCACAGCCAGAACAUCCAGAAAGCAGUGACCACAGAGACAAUCAGAGGCCUGCAGCCUGGCAAGUCCUACCUGCUGGAUGUUUACGUGAUAGGGCACGGCGGGCACUCGGUGAAAUACCAGAGCAAACUGGUGAAGACCAGGAAGUUCUGUUAGUGCCCCUGGACAGAAGAACACAGGGAACUCCGAACUGAGCAUUAUCCUGCUUCCGAGUAUACGGAUUGACUACUUGCACAGCUGAGAAGUUGUGACCUGUAUUUGUACUGUGUAGAAAAGAUAUCAACUUGUAUAUUUAUGUUUACAUAAGUCUUUGUCUGGAGGAACUGAGGCUGGUGCUGUCUGGUAGCACCUGGCAGCAGUGUUAUCAUGUGUCCAGUGACCCACAUGUGAUGCUCAGUAGAUAUCCAAGGUAGCAGAAAACCUCGGAGGAACUGGCACGCCUUUGCUUCCAUAUUGCAUGAACUGCUUCUAAAUUAUUUUAUACUUUAAGAGGCUGAGAUACAUCAUUUGUUCACCUUGUUACUCACACACAACUCACAGACAUAUGCCCUUUCUCUCAGUGUAGAUGGUAGGGUUUCUGUAAAUUAUUUUAUAGAGUCUUGUUUUAAAUGUUUAUGUUUCUAUGAUUGUAAACUAUUAAAAUCUCCCCCCAACAAAAUACAGAUUUAAACUAAGUAUUAACUGUGCUGCACAUGAAGCAGUUUCAUUGCUAAUGUAAAUUCUUACCUAGCUGAUUUUCAUGUUUAAAUACUGUAUGUAUUUCAUGUACAAAGUUGCCAUAACGUUAUAUUCCUGUACAUAAAAUUAUAAAAUAUUAGAUUAUAUAGUA